UUUUUGUUCCUUGCCUUGGAUUUGCUGGUCAGUGGCAUGCUGCUUUGCCUGGCUCUCCAUAGAGCUUGUAGCCUACAGGAAUUUGGACAGAGUGGUACAGACAUCGCCGACAGAGACUCUGAUCACUGACUAUCCCUUUAAAUGCAGUCUCAUGACUUAGUCUUUGCUCCACUACCUAUUAAAGAAGGAGACAAGACGUUCAUAGGCAGCUUUCAUUCAGGCAUCCAGAAGGACACAGAAAGGCAAGACAAUUUAACAGAGCUAACUGUAUUAGCUGGAGGAGAUUGUUCCUGCCUCGUCUUCAUGUUGCCCAUUUUAUUCUCUGCAUUUAUCCUGUCUGCUUGCUGCUUAACCAAAGGGAACUGCAUCUCCUAUGAUGAGCUGAAAGAGCUGAAGACUGAAUUUGCCAUCACUCUCUACCGGCACAUGUCUGAAGCAGAGAACAGCACCAAUCUGGUAGUCUCUCCAGCAAGUGUGGCUGUUUCUUUGGAGCUGCUGCAAUUUGGAGCUCAAGGAAAUACCUUUACUGAGCUACAAGAUGCCCUAGGAUACAGCAUUCAUGAUCAGAGCGUGCAGGAUCUCAUGCACACGGUGGACCAAGCGGUGACUGACUCCAGCCAAGGCACAGUGGUCCAGCUGGGAUGUUCCCUCUUUGUGGAUGCGGGUGUGCAGCUCUUGCCCGACUUUGCAGAGCGCACCGCGCGCUGGGCCAACAGCAGCCUGCUGCAAACCAACCUCACUGACCCCAACACCACCCACAUACAGGGAUGGAUCACCACCGACCUUGCAGAUGGGGAUGUGCGUAGGAUGACCUUGGAGAGCGCUGGGUCAUCGUUCAGCCAGGUCACCCUGGUGAGCACCCUGUACUUCAGAAGCAUGUGGCAAAAAAAGUUUUCCUUUAUGGAUUCCCAGAUGUUGCCUUUCACCACACCAGAGGGCUCGACCCUGAAAGUGCCCACCAUGCACCACACAGCUGAAGUUAACUAUGGCCAGUUCCAGACUGCAGCUCUGGAGGCUUUCAGCGUGGUCGAGUUACCCUACCUGGGGGAGAAACUCAGCAUGUUCCUAGUGUUUCCCAGCCACAAAAGAACACCUUUGUCCCAGAUUGAGUCUCAUCUUUCUGCCAAAACCAUAAUGCUCUGGGCCAACAGCUUGAAGAGAACAAAGAUGGACAUUUUUCUGCCUAGGUUCAGUAUUCAAAGCCUUUUUGACCUAAAGACAGUUCUUUCUGCCUUGGGAAUUAGAGAUGCAUUUGAUCCCAUCACUGCUAAUUUUAAAGGCAUUUCAGAGCAAGAUGGUCUUUAUAUUUCAGAAGCUAUUCACAAAGCAGAGAUUGAAGUAACAGAAGAUGGUACAAAGGCAUCAGGAGCUACAGCAAUGGUCUUACUAAAAAGAUCUCGAACACCUAUUUUCAAAGCAGAUCGACCUUUCACAUUUUUCCUGAGGCAAGUUAAUACAGGUAUGCAUGCUCUGCCUUUUAGGAGCAGAAUCCCUCAAAAGCAGCACUGAAAACAAUGCAAAUAACAUGUCAACCUUCAGUCCAGGAAACUUCAAACAACCGUGGAAACAGCAGGGUUUGGGGUUUUAAAGCAUAGAUUUUAAUUUCCUUAAAAAGAAUGUAUAAUAGUCAUAGAAGUCUAGGAAGUCAGAUUAGCCUCUUCUUUGGACAUGCAGCAUUUGCUCUAAAAUUUUUAUCAAAAUUACAGGCACUAGAGAGAACAGACACUGAACACUUCAGCAUGCAGAACUGAUCUCUACAGGGCAACCCAAAUUACAAAUGGGUUGGACCAGCUGAAUUAACACCUGAAGUAGUUAAAAUAGAAACCAUUCCCUAUACAGGAAACUUAUCCAUGCCUGUACUGAUAGCAAACAGACUUCUGCUAAGAAAUGUUACCUUGCAACCGUUAACUCUUCUCUUGCAAAUGACUUUCCCUAGCCCCCAAACAAACACCACCCAAAAAACCCAAACAAAAGUGCAGAGCAUGUCUUAGAGUGCAGCAUCACAGUGCUCCUUCAGCUUCAGUAGUGGAUUACAAGUCUCAUUUCAGAUGUAUAAACACAUUAAAUUACUCCAGACUGCCUGCCAAAAGAAAACACCCUAUAGCUUGUUGGCAAUAAUAAAGAACUGCAUUAUUCACCAUUUAGCAGGUAUUUGCUACUCUGAAGCAACAGCCAGCCUCCAACAACUCUUAUUCUUAACAAUGCAGUACUUUUGCACCUGAAGUAUUUUCAUAGAAAUCAUUUGAACUACCACAUUUCUCUCAUAACUGGGGUCACAGCCAUUUAGAUUUUCAAGGAACACAGAGACAUUUACAGGGUUCAAUAAAACACUGGGGCCUAACACAAAGGCAGGAAUCAUAUCCCUUAUCUGCUUCCAAGCAACACACACUGUUCUCUUCAUGAAUACCCAUGUAUGUAACAUUUUGUUUUAAAAACCCGUAUCUUAAAUUUUGACCAGUGCAAGCACCCAAAAAGAAAAUUACUGCCUUGGUUGGAAUUUUGUUUUAAAUAUGCUUUAGCAAUCAUUACUAGUCAAUGUAUGAUAGCAUUUUACUUGGCAAAUGCAGAAUUUUAAAAUAAAAAAGGCAUUAAUAAGUUCAGCUAUGAAACAUGCGUCACAGACUCUUCAGGAUUAAGAACAAACUUACUUGGGUGAAUAAAAUGGUCAGCUUACAAUAUACAUAAAUUCUAUAAAGAGGAAGGAAAUCAGAUUGUAAAAUAGGAUUUUUUUAAUUUGAAGCAUAAAAUACAUACCUUCCAAUCAACUCUAAAUAAAAAAAUAUUUCUACAAUUCAAGUUCUGCAAUGCAAAAAGUGAAGACAUGAUUUUUUUUGCUCAUACUUAGUAAUUCAAGUUUUUGAGGUAUGGAAAACUUCAAUAGGUAAACAAGAUCUAUUUUCUAUUCACCUGUCUAGAAGUGCUUAAAGCUCCUAUGCCCAUAAAGCUCUUAAUCUUUAUGUAGAUCAAAAGUAUUCAGUGCAUCAAUUUUCUAGUAAUAGCAGAAAUAUGUUUUCCAAUACUUAAAAUAGCAUAGUUCUGCUCAAAAUAACUGAAAAAAAUUAGCUCUUUAAUCUGAAUUUCAGGUUUGAGUACAUUCCCUUUGAAGAACAGGCAAGGUAACACCAAUACGAAUAACUAAAUAAAUCAAAUGAAUCUGAGGCAAUAAUUUCAUUCUCUUCUGUAACUAAAAUAUAAACAAAGCAAUGAUCUUAGGUUCUAUUUUGUUGAGUGUAAAUAAAUUUCAGAUUUCAGCAGGUUCCUAGUUUGGGCUACCAAUUAUUUGGAAAGGUGUUUUUAAUACAGAAAUGUUUAAAUUAUUUUAAGACAAGCAUGCAAUUUCAGUCUUUUUUCCAUACAAGCAAUGAACAAUUCUACAAACUACUAACUCCAUGCCUGACUUUUGUAUUUAAGCUAUACGACACCCUGAAAGCAUGGCCCCAAACUGAAAUGCUACUCUUAUUUCCAUUUACAGGUUCAGUACUUUUUAUAGGAAGAGUUACAAAUCCUUCGUAACAAGACCUAAAUGCAUACACUGACUUUUGUUCCUUCUACAAUAAACUUUCUUCCAAUGAAA